CCUUUAUGGCUGCGCCCCUAUCACCAGCAUCCAGCUCAGGGUAUGGGAGGGGUUCCGCGUGCAGUCGUGUUCAUGCAAGAGCAACUAGAAGGAACCCUAGGACGUAGUUUCAGUAGUAGUUGGCUUCUCUAAGGGGGCCCUGAAAUAACAUGGGCCGUAUGUACUAAGGGCCCCCAGGCCAACAAACAGAAUCAAAGAAACAAGCACAGACGCAGCAUGGUGGCUGAGGAGGUUAUCAUCACCCUGUCCGGAGGAGCACCAUGGGGCUUCAGACUACAGGGAGGAAUCGAGCACCAGAAGCCUCUGCAGGUGGCCAAGGUGCGCAAGCGAAGUAAAGCAUGUCGUGCCGGACUGCGUGAGGGAGAUGAGCUGGUAUCCAUCAAUGAAAAUUCCUGUGGGAGUCUGUCACAUGCCCAGGCCAUGAACCUGAUCGACAGCAUGCCAGGAACGCUACACAUCCGGGUUAGGAGGGCACCGGCUGGCUUCCAGUCAGUGGUUCUGGUUGCUCGAGCUCCUUCUCCCCGCAUUGAUAAAGAGUACCGUGCUGCCAUUAGGGCCCUGUCCCCAUCCAGCUCCCGACCUCACCAGUCCAGUGUACGCCACAUCCACCGCGGAUCCCUGAUGUCCCCGACCGGACGCAGUGGAUUGACUUCGCCGCCGGGCAGUGAGGCCUACUACGGAGAAACAGACAGUGAUGCAGACGUGGCUGCUCAUGAGAGACAACGCAAACAGAAACGACGUAGUCCCAGCAAUUCACCUGGCAAGGCCGGUCGAGCCUCACCGGAGGGAGCAGAGACUUCAGAAAUGAGUGGGUAUGACAGUGCCUCGGAUGCGCAAGUGUACAAUCUUUUGGGGCCUAAAGAAAGAGAAGAUGCAAUGCCUGGUGUUGCACGCAGAGAGGUGAUUUACCAACCCCCUCCGGAUGGAGCCUGGUCCUCUCAGACCUCCACUGAGACGGAUGACCAGAACCCACGGGAAGGGCUAAUGGAAGAGGACAGUGGGUUCCAGGAGCCCAGAAAUGUCCCCCCACUUGUUUCUCCAGAGAGAGCCAAAGAAGCUCUGAUGCUAAGCUCUCAUACUCAGUUGGUGCCCAUGGUUGGGCCAGUUGACAAUCCAGUGGAUGAGGAACUCAUAUUAACAUACAUGGAUAAAGCAAAACAAGCAAAAUUGAACCGUGGAGAUACGAUCAUAGACAAGCAGGUGAAAGAGGCUCGGUCCAAGUGCCGCACCAUUGCCUCUCUACUGACAGAUGCACCAAACCCUCAUUCAAAGGGUGUUUUGAUGUUUAAAAAGCGCCGGCAACGCUCCAAGAAAUACACACUGACCAGCUUUGGAAGUGUUGACGAGGACAUGAGGCAGGACUCUCAAGAGGAGGAUAGCAUAUUUCCUGGCAGUGAAUCAGAAUUUGAUGAGGAAGGUUUCUCUUCUGCACCAGACCCCACAUGGGACAGUGACUACCUUGAGAUGCUGGAGAAAAGAUCUGCUUCCAGAGGUCAGGAAGGAGAGGGUGGUGCUCUGAGUCCUGGUCUGAGUGAUACAUCUGGGAAGGGGGCACAGUUGUUUGAGCAGCAGAGGAGAAGGGCUGAGGAACAUGCAAAGAAAAUGGAAGCUGCGCAAGAAGACUUACAAAGCCAAAUGCUGGGCAUUGCACUGAAAGAGAAGCAAGCACUUCCCCAACUACAGACACUUCAACCACAACCAGACCCAUUGGCAAAGCCUAAUGUCCAGCCACCACCAGUUGCUCCAAAACCUGCCAGACCUUCAAAAACUCUACAUCAUGAGGUUCCACCAGCAGAGACACAAAAAAUAGCACAGAUGAGCACAUCUCUCACUGUCCCUGUCAUGGUUAAUGGAGAUACUUCAAACAUAAUGGCACCAGUCUCCGCUGUGUUGCCCACAGAAUCUGUGAUGCCUCCACAACCAGCUCCUCUAGCAGAACUUCCUACCAGCUCUGUGUUAAACAGAACUGCCCAACCUUUUGCCCCAGGCUGUGUUACCAGUAGGGCAGCCACUGCUCCUGUUGUGUUUCGCCCUGCAGUCAGUAAGAAGACACCCAGACCCGUUUCAGUGGCUGUGAUUGCACCUUCAUUCUCUGCAGCAUCAGAAGAGCAUGCCAUGGGUGUCAACCCUGCCUCCUUUGUUAGCCAAUUCACAAUGAGUCAAAUGAGUGCUGAUGUCCCUACUGAAAAGUUACCCACACAGGCCUUUAUACUUGGAAAGUCUGUUCCUCCACCUGCUUCUGUAUCCGUGGAAUCAUAUUCUCAACCUGCUCUUUACUGCUCCUCAGUGGAAAACUUCCAGGUUGCAUCAGUGCCACCUCCCAUAGUUCAAACCCAAGAACCUACAUUUUCUGUAGAAGCUGAAGCCACUGCUCUUCCAGCAUUCUCUGUUGACAACACAAUGACCACUGUGGCUCCUGUUAUGGCUCCUGUUUCUUCUCGGGCCAUAGUAAUACCAGCCCAACCCUCUUCUACUUUGACCCCUGCAGCUUCUGACCCCCCCUCAGCUGUAACUCUGCUGUCACCUGUAGACUAUCGUGAAAAAUCCUCUGCCACCCAUAGCCGCACUGGCAUUCUUCAAGAGGCCCGCCGCCGUAGUACCCACAAGCCAAUGUUUAAGAUUCCUGAAAGCAAGAAAAACUCACCAAACCCUGAAUUAUUGUCUAUGGUGCAGAAUUUCGAUGAAAGACCUAGGCAUGGAUAUUCUGAACCAGAAAAUAUUACUCACAACAUUGAUGACAAUAGGACAAGGGUGCCACCACCUGUUGCCCCUAAGCCAAGAAUCAUCCCAGAAAUGUCUCAGAUCCCUCAGGCAGAGGGAAAAGGUGCAGAGUUGUUUGCUCGUAGACAGUCUCGCAUGGAUUCGUUGGUUGUAAACUCUCCAUAUCUGCAGCCUGCACCUCUACAACCCCAACAACCCCAAUCUAUCAUAGACCUGAUUGAACCACAAAAAACCUCGCCAAACCCAUCCCAAUGGAAGUAUUCCCCAAAUGUUCGUGCUCCUCCACCGAUAGGUUACAACCCCUUGCUGUCUCCAUCCUGUCCUAUUGGGGUGCAGCGUGGGGGUGUCAAGGUGUCUGAGCGAAGUUCCACAGGAAGUAAGAGUGGUUAUGGUGUCCCAAAAGAAGGUAUCAAAGCCUUGGACUUCAUGAGAAGGCAGCCUUACCAACUGAACCCUGCAAUGUUUAGUUUUGGUGGUGGCACUAGCACACAGUCUUCAGUCUCCUCCUAUCAGAGGCAACAAAGGGAGGGCCACACUCUGACGCCACCCAAGCAGAUCCCAGUGAAGGCGGCACGUGUGUAUGAAAUCAAACGAUUCUCCACUCCCACCCCGAUGUCGGCACCAACUCUCAACCCCAUAGUGAUUGUACCACGCUCACACACCACACUUGGAGAGCACAUCUCUCGUUCUGACAUGACAUCCCCUCUACCUGAACCUGUACCUGAAUCAACUCCAGCUCCUUCACGAGCCCCAGGCCUCCCAGAGCUCCCUAAAAUUUCAGCUGUGCCCAUCCCUCACCCCAUGCCGUACUCGCCCCCAGCUCCCAUGUCAAGUAUGUCAAACCUAAGUUUCUCUGGGCUUCAAGCUGCCAAACAGUUUAAGAGUGCCCCUGAGUUAAGUUCCCUAAAACCACACCCCUUAAAGUCCCCUAUCCAAGUUCCAAAACCUCGCUUUAUUGCAACACGUGGGGGUAUUCAGCCCCGCGUCUGGAGGCCUGGAACACUUCCUCACUGAUAACGUUACUUUACAUGUGGAAGAAGCUGAACCAUCUGCUUCUGUUGCAGUCUCAAAAUUCACAUGUUUCAAAUAUGACUUAAUAUAACUUGAAGAUACAAAGAUAUUAUACUGUCCAUUUCAGAUUAAAUAUAAUGUGGAGUAUCCCUGAUAGCACAUGUACAUCACGGAGAGGUCCAUUUGACGUCUGAAUUUAUAUCUGCAAGACGUAUUUUUUAGAGCGUUUGCUCGUCUUCAAGACAUCUUGGACGUUUCCUAUCAGAUGUCAAAUAGACAUUAAGAAAAUGUCUUUAAGAUGUUUAGGAUUUCAAAUGUAUGUAAAACUGACAUCUUAAAGCCGUCUAUCAGAUGUCUGUACACAGCUUUCCAGAUGAAGUGAAGUAUGUGUGCUUUCUGAGAUAUUUGUCAAAUCAAAACUUUCCAAGCUGAAAAAUUCAGAAUGUCUGCUAAAUGUUCAUCAAUAUGUUUAAAACCUUCAGUAUUGUCAACAAAAUCUAUUCACUCUUUAAUUUCUCAGUGCACGUUCACAUUCAUGUGAACAAUUGCGUAUAAUUUAUCUAUGCUAUUCCAAAGAAAAACAUGGUUUGGCUUCGUAAACAUCAAUCAAAGUGUAGCUUGCUCUUCCUCUGAACUGGCUCUCCUGAUGUCACUUAGAUGAUGUUAAUCAAUAGUCAAAUAGCUACUUGGUCAUUGUUUUAGCAGGGGGCUUUCACACUAGCACUUUUGGUGCAGGUGCGCACCUGGGUUCGUUUGAUGUCAGAGUUCUGUUUGUCUGAAUAAUGUGAACGCUGUUUUCAAAGGCUGCUCUGUGGUACGGUUCGAUUCUGAUGUAAAUGCAAUCGCACUAAAUCCCAGAAGCGAGCUGCUAUUAAUGACAUAUGAACUGGUCAAACUGUGUAUUUAUGUGUAAUGCACUUGCUUUCCUGAUAGGUGUGACUAAUGCACUACAACAGAUAGAAUUUAAAUCUCAUUUCUGCUUGAAUAAAUUGAGCAUUACAAUCCUGUCAAACAGACGCAUGUGCGAUGUGCCGUUCUGUGUUCAAUUCUGAAGAACAAAAACAAAACGAGCAAGACUCCAUUCAUUUUUCACAAAUGUACCAUGGUUAGGAACUACAAACAAACAAAAAAAUGUGUGCACAAGAAACAAGCGGAGGGAGGGGGUUGCAAUCGAGCUCGGAUUCGGACCAGGCAACUGAACCUAGUGUGAAAGCACCCUAACAUUAGGUCUUGCUCCCUACUUUUUAAUUCAGUCAGUUCCUAAUGGAAAACAUCAAGAUGCAUCAUAAUUUUUUUUCUCAUUACAUAUCUUAUUUCAUUUAUAUAUUAGAACCAGAGUGGGUAUAUAUUAGCCAAGUGUGCGCAAACACACAGAGUUGCAUUAAGGAAGUAAAAAAAGGGUUGCAAAUGUCAAUUCAUGUUGACUUUAAAUCCAGCAUAUACCGGUAAUAUUGUAUAGCUGUGGAUAGGCAUGUGUCACAGAUUAUUUAUUUGUCAGUGAUUGCUAGACUAUGUGUUUGUGCAGUGCAGUGUUCCCAAUUUUAUAGGGCUAAAAAACACAUUAUGACAAACAUUUUACAUGAAUUGGAUCGAUAUAUAAAAAAAAAUUCUUCAAAUACUAAAAUAUGGUCUCUUUGCAUAUAUUUGGUCUAAAGCUUGAUCUGCUUGAAAUAUAAAAGCAUGGAAAAAUACCUAAAAAAAAAAAAAAAAAAAAAAAAA